GUCUUAAAAUCUAUUUUUUUGCGUGAUGGCCGAAAAAGCAGAAAAGGCCAAGAUAAAUGCUCAGAUCAAGCAUGUUCCGAAAGAUGCACAGGUGAUAAUGUCCAUACUGAAGGAGCUGAAUGUCCAGGAAUAUGAGCCGCGCGUGGUAAACCAAUUGCUGGAAUUCACUUUCCGAUAUGUGACCUGCAUAUUGGACGAUGCCAAGGUGUAUGCGAAUCAUGCACGCAAGAAGACCAUCGAUCUCGAGGAUGUCCGCCUGGCCACGGAUAUGGCGCUGGACAAGAGUUUCACCGGUCCACUGCCGCGUCAUACCCUGUCGAAGGUAGCCGAGAUACGGAAUAGCAUGCCACUGCCACCGAUUAAGCCGCACUGCGGCUUGCGUCUGCCCCCAGACCGUUACUGCCUCACCGGUGUCAACUACAAGCUGCGGGCCACAAAUCAAGCCAAGAAGAUGCCCAAAUCGGCACUGGAGGCGCGCGCAUUGAAAACCGUCGUAAAGCCCGUGGCCAGUGCCAAUGGGCCGAAGCGUGCCCACUCUGUGGUGGCAAAACAGCAGGUGGUAACCAUACCCAAGCCCGUCAUCAAAUUCACAACCACAACGAAGAAUGUCCCUGGGAAUGCAGACACUAAGACGGACACCAGUUCCGGUGGCGACAUGAAAAUGGAGGUGGACAGCGAUGCGGUGGCCGUGGGCAGUAUUCCGAGCACCAGUGCCAGUGCCCCAGGCGUCAGCUCGGCCGUAAAGCGGGAACGCGAAGAGGAGGAGUUCGAAUUUGUCGCGAACUGAUUGAACAAAAAUACAAAUUAAUUAUUAAAGUAUAUUUUCAACAUCUUCCGUAGUAAAAAAAAACAUUGUUUCGAUUGUGUCUUUUCAGGCAGUUGCACUUGUUUGAAUCUUUUUUGUUUUCUUGGGCAUUGGCAUGAGGGGAAGACGUAUAGGACAUAUAGGAGACGUCUUCCUAACAAACUAGAAUACCCAAGACAAGAACAAACGAUUCAAUAAAAUGCAACUACCUGA